AUGAGAAUUUCCUUGGAAAAAAUUAAAUUACGUUUGACAUCGUUUGUGGAAUCUGUGAAGAUGUUCAAUUUGUACCAGCAUAUGAAGAAUAAUAGUGAGGGGAAGGAAAUGAAGGAGCCAGAGACGACUGGCCAUGAUAGGUUUUACCAGGAGCGUCCAAGGACAAGUUAUAGGAAGAAGAAGCGCCGUGGAGCGUGCAGACGGGCGCAGUCAGCUGCCGAGCUGAAUCCUGAGUCAAUUGCAGCUGCCAAUAAAAGGAACGCGUUCAGAAUUCGGUCUGUGUCCACCGAUAGAGAAGAAAGCGAAGAAGAGAACUCAGAGCGAGCACCGCUGGUGGCGCAGAAGAUAGACUCCCUGGCCAAACUGCUGUUCAACAAGUCUAUCAUCGGCACAGGAUCUGGCAAGUCGUCACCUUCGGAGCCUCCCACCUCACCCAAAAUCGAACGGUCAAUGGAGAGUUCAGCGGCGUUAGCACUCUGUACAGAAUAUUUGUCACAAACGUCCAGGUACGAUAUGCUGUCACAACUGGGCCCAAUCGGCUCUCGGCCGAAUAAACACUGGUUUGCGAUACAUGACAACUCUAUUAAAACCGACAGAUUGCUUACUCUGAUGCCUCUAACAAGCAAGUGUCCAAUCGAGCAGAGCGAACGGUCCAGAGGUCUGAUCAUGAAGUUAUUCAGAGCCCUGCACCACCCGUACAUCUACCCAGUGUUAGACCUGGAGCUGUGCAACGGACACGCCUUAGCUGUGCUGCCUUUUAACAUCCGAGGGAGCUUGAAAGACCUCAUUUAUAAGAGCACUUGGAACGACGAGUAUGGGCGUAAAUACGGGUCGGGAGGGACAGGGCUGCCGGCGUGGCAAGUGGCGCGGUUCGGCAGGCAAAUGCUGGAGGGCCUGCUCUUCCUCAAGGAGAAGGGCUUCCCUCCCUUCCGCCACCUCCACUCAGGCAAUGUGGUGGUGCAGAACGGAGUAGCAAGAAUAUGCGGCUUAGAGAACACGCUGAUCGGAGCGAUGCCCAGGUGUCCGAUAGCCCUAGCGGCACCCCUGGACAACGUGGAGGCCCUGUCCCUCGGCCACGUGCUGUACGAGAUGUGCUCAGCAUCAGAGCUUGAUCUUGCUCUGUUGUCUGACCUUCUACCCAACUACCCGCAUGUAGUGGAGAUCAUCGAGCUGAUCUUCGGUCCUCGCACUCCGUCGCUUCACGAGCUGCUGCUCUGCGAACUCUUCAGGAAGAUCGACCUACGCGAGAUGAAGGGCUCCUGUUUACCGAACUUCAGCCAGCGGCUGUCCCGCUCGUGCCUGUCCCUGCUGGGCGAGGUGGCGCGGCGCCAGCCCGCCGGCCGCGCGCUCACGCCGCCGCGACGCUCGCCCGCCACGCCGCCCGCGCGCAGAAGGCAUUUCCCUUUGGACCAAGAUUUUACGGAAGAAUGGCAAUGGUAA